AUGCCUGUGCCACCACCUAUAGUGCAAGACCACCAAGCCAACGACCGAACUAUUACUCUCACAAAGGAAUUUGAAAAGAUGAAACCGCCAUCGUUCAAGGGAGGAAUUGAUCCACUAAAGGUAAAGGCUUGGGUUCUUGGUAUCGAGAAAUUGUUUAAAGUCUUUCCAUGCACAGAAGCACAGAAAGUCUUGCUUACCACUUUUACACUAGAGGAUAAGGCGUGCCGUUGGUGGAUGUUUAUCCGAGAAGAACACCAAGGAAUGAAUUGGGCUCAAUUUUUGGACGUCUUCUAUGAGAAGCACCGCCCACAGAGUAUCCGGGACAGGAAGGUGUCGGAGUUUGAGAACUUGAAGCAAGGGAACAAAACCGUAGCGGAGUAUGAAACAAAGUUUACCGAGUUAGCCCGUUUCGCACUGCAUUUGAUCGAUACGGACUACAAAAAGGCAAGGAAAUUUGAGGGAGGUCUUCGAGACUCCAUUCUUGAGAAGAUUAAUGUGUUAAAGGUACAGAAAUAUGUGGAUGUAUUGGAUAGGGCUAUCAUAGUGGAAAGUAACCAAGCCAAUCGCAAAACGCCAGGGCAAUGGGAUUGCCAAUGA